CGCGUCUUUAAUAACACUGAGUCUAUCUCUUACCAGUAUGUCUUCAUCCGCAUCCUCAUCAAAACCCGCAGACAAACAACCAGAGAAGACUAAGGAGGAUGACAAUCAACCUCACCUGGGGGUCCUUGAAGAAGACGACGAGUUCGAAGAGUUCCAAGUAGCAGACUGGGAUGAUUCUAGCACAGAUUUGGCGCACUUGAAGGGCGCUGCACCCGGGGUCGCAAAAUCAGCGGGGGAUAAACUUUGGGAGGAUAAUUGGGACGAUGACGACAUCGAGGACGAGUUCAGCGUGCAGCUACGGAAUGAACUCGCUAAGGCAGGGAAAGCGACUGGUGACCCGAUGCAGCAAUAAUGACAUCGUAUCAGUGGGUUUUGCCAAGUGAUUCGUCCAGUUACUGUCGAAUAUACAAUACUUCAGAAAUUUCAUCAUCUGCACUAUUAAAUUUUCAGUGUGUACUAGGUCUCUCACCGGAACUCUGGCUGCGAUUAGUCAUAUAUUCGUUGAACAAUCAUAUCCACAUUAAUCAAA